AUGUCGAGUUCCGACGAAGAUUCAGUUUCAUACAUGAGUAAAUAUACAAUAGAUGCCGAAAUGUUGAACACUUUCGUUAAUAUAAUCGAAGAUGAAGAAGCAGAAGCAGAGAGCUCGAGAAUGGCCGGCAGACCAAAAAUACCGAGACGAACAAUAACCAGAAACCAUGUGGAAGCCUCCACACGUUUAUACAAUCAUUGCUUUGCCCCGCAACCCGUUUAUCCUGCCGAUUAUUUUAGAAGGCGUUUUCGAAUGCCGAAAGAAAUGUUUCUUUGUAUAGUGAACAAUAUAUAUAACUUUGACGUCGUACAACCAUUACCGCCCCACUUUGCAUUCUUCCACAACGCUCCAACCGAUGCUGUGGGUCGCCCGACGUUAAACAUUUUUCAAAAAUGUACUUCCGCUAUACGCCAACUGGUUUAUGGUUCUACUGCCGACCAGUUAGAUGAAUACCUCGAAAUGGGUGCUCAAACGUCUGCCGAUUCGUUGAACGCCUUCUGCAAACGUGUUGUUCAAUUAUAUCACGCCGAGUUUUUGAGAAAACCAACACAAGAAGAUGUUAACCACGUGACCGCUAAACAUGAGGCGGUACAUGUUUUUCUGGGUAUGCUUGGAAGCGUUGAUUGUAUGCAUUGGGCUUGGAGAAACUGCCCAACGGCAUGGCAAGGCCAAUACACUCGUGGUGACAAAGGACAUCCGACGAUUAUGCUUGAAGCGCUUCUCCAAGAUAGAGCUCUUGCGGUAAAUUUCACCGUUAAUGGCCAACAGUUUACAAAGGGUUAUUAUCUUGCUGAUGGUAUUUAUCCAGAAUGGGCUACACUUGUCAAGUCUUUCAAGUGUCCCAUGGACCCUAAGACCUCUAAAUUCAAACGCUUCCAAGAGUCUGCAAGAAAAAACGUGGAACGUGCUUUUGGGGUACUUCAAGGCCGAUGGAGAAUUCUUCAACAGGGUGCGCGUCCAUUAAGUAUUAACAAAAUUAAACGCAUCAUGUACUCUUGUGUGUUGUUGCACAACAUGGUCGUUAAAUAUAACGGGCGUGCAAUCAGUCCUUUGGAUUUGGAGCUAAUUCUCGAUAACCCGCCAACGCGUUCUUGGGACGAACGUGUUGACAUUCAGUUACGUAUGACAGGGGAGUUACGUGAUAGGGCAACACACAACCGUCUAAAAGGUGCCCUCGUCGAGCACAUUUGGAACUUGCCGGAAAACCAACGUGAACGUUGA